UUUAAGGACCACUUCACAUCACAUGUUACCAUGUAUUUAUCUCAUAUAUAUUUACAUCACCACCUUAUAUUUUGUUUUUGUAUCUUAUACCAUACCACAACACAACACAAUCCAAAGCUAGCCAUGGACUGGUUCUCUUGGUUAUCUAGAAGCAGUCUUGAGCCUUCACUAAUCUAUGAAUAUGGCCUUGCUUUUGCAAGAAAUGAGCUUCAAGCUGAAGACUUAACCUACUUCAACCAUGAGUUUCUCCAAAGUAUGGGCAUUUCAGUAGCUAAGCAUAGGCUUGAAAUACUCAAGCUUGCUAGAAAGGAAGCUGGGGCAGGUACUACUAGUCUUUGCAAGCUCAAGAAUGCAAUCAACAAAACCAAAAAGAGCAUCAGGAAGUGUAUUGGCAAGUUGGUUUUUCAUGAUCAGGAAUCUGUGUUCAAGGCUUUGCCGGAGCCAGUCCGAAAUAAGGGGCAGCGCAGAGGAGGAUUGACAAGAAACUACAAGAGUGACAAGGAAUUUCAAGUAGAGAAGCUGCAGCCUCAAGUAAUCAAAACCAGGAGGCAAGCAAAAUCAGGACCUUUGGAUGGAAGAAUACCUGAAAAUUUGAUGCAAAAUCCAAGAGUUCUGAAGCUAUCUGGGCCUUUGGAUGGAAGAGUACCAGAAAAUUUGAUGCUUAACAACAGUAGAAACAACUUGAGAUUGUCUGGCCCUUUGGACGGGAAAGUUCAUGAUAGAUUGGUGUUUGCAUACAGGAGUCCAAAGCUGUACGGUAGUUCAGAUGGAAGAGUGCAACAAAAGUCCACGGGUGGUGGUAGAAGCCCAAGAGUACCUAGACCGUUAGAUAGUAACAAGGAAAGAAUGAUACCUGAUGAUUUUGAUGAUCAGUCCUUGUGGUCUGAACUUUUCCAAGACAUGAAACCCACUUGAACUUAGUUUCUUAGAAAGUCUUAUCUCUUCUUCUUCAUUUUUGUUAAUUCUACUACAUCUUCAAAGAUAAUGUCUGUUUAUCUGA